AUCACACUAAGGUUCUACUCUUUGAAAAGUGAAAACUUCCAAAAGCACCAAAAAACAUUUCAAAAUGAAAUUCAUGAUCGCACUUGCCGUCCUCGUCGCAUGCGCCUGCGCUGCCCCACAAGCUCCAGUCGAGACAGUUAGAUUCGUCAACGACAUCCAAGAAGAUGGAUACAAUUUCGCAUACGAAACAUCCGAUGGACAGAAGCGCGAUGAAACUGGUACACUCAAGGACGCUCCACCAACUGAAGACAAUCCAAACGCCAAAGCUAUUGACAUUGUUGGAUCAUACGAAUUCACAUCACCAGAAGGCAAAACUUAUCGCGUUGAAUACACCAGCGGUGUCAACGGAUUCUUGCCAAAGGUCACCAUUGUUUAAAUUCUUAUAAGUCUCCAUCUAAGAACGAUAUUACACCAAGUCAAUCAAAGAUGCAAAAUACUCAAAGUUCAGCUAUGAACUUAUCGUCUUUUCCUCUCUUCUAUUUCCAUCUUGAGAAGUCAAAAUUUUAAAACAAAAAAAAUGUUUUACGAUCAUCUUCUUUCUGUGAGAUUUAUGUUUUUAAAUGUACAAUAAAAUAAAAUGUUGUUACAAAAAACAAAAAACAAAAAAGCA